AUGUUUCAACAGGACAGAGAACUCCGGCCAGAAGAAAUGGAUGAGCUGCGAGAUGCUUUCAAAGAAUUUGACAAAGACAAAGAUGGUUACAUCAGCUGUAAAGACCUGGGGAACUGUAUGAGGACCAUGGGAUACAUGCCAACAGAGAUGGAGCUGAUAGAACUGAGUCAACAAAUAAAUAUGAACUUGGGAGGUCAUGUUGAUUUUGAUGAUUUUGUGGAGUUAAUGGGCCCCAAACUUCUUGCUGAAACUGCAGACAUGAUUGGAAUAAAGGAGUUAAAAGAUGCUUUUAGGGAGUUUGACACAAAUGGAGACGGAGCCAUAAGCACGUCUGAGCUUCGAGACGCAAUGAGGAAGCUUUUGGGCCAACAAGUGGGUCUAAAAGAAGUAGAAGACAUCCUAAGGGAUGUGGACUUAAAUGGUGAUGGUCUUGUUGACUUUGAAGGAACCAUAAAAUCAGAGGAAGUGGGGAAAAACGCGUACAAGAGCGUUUUGGGCCAUGGGCUUGACCGCCUGGCCAUGCGUCAGGUCCGCUCCAUCCUGCAGCACCUGGGUCUCACCGGCUCCACGUGUGACGACAGCUUUCUGGUGAAGGAGGUGUGCAGCGUUGUCGCUCGCCGUGCAGCUCAACUCUGCGGUGCCGGGUUAGCUGCUGUUGUUGACCGAAUACGCCAGAACCGCAACCUAAACCAGCUCUCCAUCACCGUGGGAGUGGACGGCACCCUUUAUAAAACACACCCUCAGUAA